UCUAUGGUUGUUUCGUGUGAAAUUACACAGUCUUCUUUGCAAGUGAAAUAAGUGGAUUUCUAAGUGAUUUAUAUUUGUUCUGCAGUCAAAAAACACACAUUCCCAGUCCCAAAAUGUCUGAUGUGUGGGAAAUAUUCAACGAUCCAGAAUAUUCGAAAAAGUCAAUAUAUUAUAGUUAUUGUUUCAAUGCAUUGAGAGAUUCUUAUUAUCCGUUCAUGAAGCAGAAAUUUGAUGAAAGCAAAAAUACAGAAAAACCCGAAGCAGUUUCCCUAGAAGAACUCAUAUCGAAUUCCGAUAAAAUGAGCAUAAAGUUUCCCAAUGAGAGGCAUCGAAUUAAAACACAGCAUCAAACUUCACAUUCGUCUAUUGUGAAAGAAGCAUCUUCAGUCUAUCCAGUGAUUCUGGACAAGGUUUUGGUACUUUACUGGGCAUUUCUUGAGCACAAACUUAAAUACGGCACUGAAAUUGAGAAAUCUAUCUACACUGGAAUGAGUAUUGAAGAAUUUGUGGAUAGAUUGCUGACGAAAACAUGCGUUUCGUUCUUUGGGAAGAAAAAUCGAUAUCUUCUACGGUCUGGGGAAGUUGGAAACGGAGAUUUCAAGACGAUUGGAACGAAUGACGAAAAACCUCCGCUUAUCAUGAGUGAUUAUCUGACGUGGGAUGAAAUUAAGCUCGCAUCUUUCAUAUCGAUUUCGUCGAAUACAGAAAAUCACGCCAUAAUUAGCAUUUGCGCUCCUCAAUUGGACAGAAAAGGAUUGCUGGAUUAUCAGGACAUGAUCAUGGGCAGAGGUCAGAAUUGCAUGGAAAAUGGCUAUGGUGGAAAACCAAGGAAGUGUCCUGAGGAAUUGGAGGCGAUCUUCGACAAGAGAUCCGUUUGGAACAAUUUCUACACCAACAAACCUCGGAUUUAUGGUCAGAUUAAUAAGACGGAAAUCAAAGGGCGAACUUAUAGAUGUCCAAAAGCCCUUCAGCGUUACGUAAAAGUGAGCAAAACCGAAACUUGCGAUUGCUACACUUUGGAAAAGAGAUUCAGUGCAAUGAUAACGCUGCUGUUGCUGGAAGCAAAUGCACGAGCUCAGAAGGUGGGCAAAAUGGCCUAUCUUUGGGUGAACAAGUUUCGCAUGGGAUUGGAUAGAUUGACUCCUUGCCAGGAGGAGUACUUCUUCAGGAUAUUCCUCACGGAGGCAGUUUAUCAAUUCUGUGGCAAUUUGCAUUCAGUUUUCUGCAUACAUUUUGAGAAUUUCGCGGAGAAUUGUUGGGCGAAAGAUGACACAAUCUUGAACAAUAACAAUGUGGAUGAUCCAUAUUUCUGGAAUAAACACCCAAACAAGGGGAUUAAGAUAAGAUUUUCACCCAAUUCCGCUGAGAAGGACAAACUACAAGAAGACGACAAGCUUUUGUACGUUUCAACUUAUGCAUCCAGUCCGAAUUCACUGGUAGGAAAUGAAUAUUGGAUGAGGAAGAUCUCCGCGAACAAGGACUCAACUGCUUACUUAGCGUGUCACUCCUUCAUCGCGGAAUUGCAUAAUCCGCUGGUGAAUCGCAAAAUGCUUUCUGGCCGAAAUUUGCAUAUUGUAAGCAGUUGUGUGCGUCACAUUUCUGAGUAUUGCAGCACUCACUACGCGUACAGCAAUUGAGGGCAUUUUUGCAUCCCGACGUUCGGUAACCAGGGUGAAAAUGGGUGGCGCCAAAUCACAAAUAAAGGCGUGGCUUCACCCUCGACUUCGCGUAACGCAGCGCACACAUUCGCCCCAAAAAAUCAAUAUGUUUGAAUAACUUUCUCUCCCUUUCGUAUUUAAUCGAAAACAAGUAUUUGAAUUUGUACAAUUUGUAAGAUUUUACAUAUAUUGAGCUUAUAAAGAUAGUGUUUUUGCAAAGUAAGUUCUUUAAGAGAUUGAUUUAGGGGAAAACGGAGCCUUGUUGGAGUCCCAGAUUUUGAAAAUCCAAGCUUUUCAGUCUGUUUUCCAGGUAUUCUUCAGAGAAAACGGCUUUCUAAUCACUGAAUUUGUCAUAAAUCUUACGGAAAAAUGAGGGAAAAAAUCAUGUUGAUCCAAAACUUCUGCAAAAUGUGAUUAAUUGAUGAAAGCCCAGCGUUGGUAAGUGGAAAUCAUGCUUUUUA